UGCCGCCCGCUCCAGCACCGCAUGCACUGCACGCUCUCUUUCACUCUUCCACACACACCCUACAUCCACCCCUAGCAGCGCCUUUUUUUCUACCUGCCGCUCCACAGAGAGCACACUACAGCCGCCAUGGGCUUUAGUCUCAACAACCCGCUGCCGUCAUCCAUGGCCAGCGAAUGUCGCAAGACGGGAAAGAUCCUGGCCUCCUUUGUCGACCCGCGGCAGGCUUUUGGGCCCGACAAGAUCAUCCCGCCAAACGUGCUUGCAAACGCAAAGGGCCUCGCCAUCCUCACUGUCUUCAAGGCUGGCUUUCUCGGCACUGCGCGAUUUGGUUCCGGCGUCGUCGUCGCACGUCUCGCCGACGGAUCAUGGUCGGCGCCUACAGCUAUCGGUACUAUUGGAGGCGGCUUUGGCGGGCAGAUCGGCUUUGAGCUCACUGACUUCGUCUUUAUCCUCAACGAUGCCUCCGCCGUGCGAACAUUUGCUCAGGCCGGUUCGCUGACACUGGGAGGCAACGUCUCCAUUGCCGCGGGACCGGUUGGUCGCAAUGCCGAAGCUGCCGGCGCAGCCAGCUUGAAGGGCGUGGCAGGCAUUUUCAGCUAUAGCAAGACAAAAGGCUUGUUUGCGGGAGUUAGUCUUGAGGGUAGUGGUAUAAUCGAACGCAGAGACGCCAAUGAGAAGCUUUACGGACGCCGAUGGACUGCCAGGGAAAUCCUGAGCGGGCAAGUCCCUCCGCCACCAGCUGCUGAGCCGCUCUUGCGCGUUCUCAACUCCAGGGUAUUUUCCGGUGUAGGAGGAGCGCAGAAUGUCACCAAUGAUGCCAUGUACAACGAUAUUCCUGUUUAUGAUGAUGCGCACGAUAAUGUGGUUUGGCAGGGCCGCCGCGGCUCUGCCAUGGGUGAAGGUGUACGACGAGAUCGCACGGGCUCAAUGGGCUCACACCACGACGACUACCAGUACAGGGACCACCAGCAAACCUCUUCUUGGGCAGACGAUGUCUACGACCGACAGCCAUCAUCCGCACCUAGCGGUCUCAACCGAUCAUAUUCCACCCGUGCAAACCCUACCGAGACCUUUGAUCGUAUCGACUCACGGAACCGCGCCUCGACGUUUGGCGAUGACUACUAUUCGUACAGUGAUCGCAAGCCUGGACGGCCCUCUGCCCCGAAGCCGGUCUUUGGCCAGACCACUGGACAGAAGAAGGCGAGCUUGCAGUCCGACCAAGCCAUAGCAAAAUUCACCUUUGAUGCUGAUCAACCGGGCGAUCUCGGCUUCAAGAAGGGCGAAGUCAUCACUAUUAUCAAGCGCACUGACAAUGAAACCGAUUGGUGGACAGGUCGCAUAGGAAGUAGGGAAGGCAUCUUCCCAAGUAACUAUGUCGAGACCGUGUAGAAGAUGGCGUGGAUAAAUCGUACAUCUAGUCCAUUUGUUCAUCGGUGAAGAUGAUGUCUGAAAUUUUUGCAAAUUGUCAUGGCUUUCUGAAGCAGCUACUGCAAUGUUUGUCGCUUGCGCAUGAAGAGAUUCGUGCCGUCUGUACAUACGCCUAUACCUCUCCCGUCUCCUGUACUACUUUUUCCUUACCAUUUUUGUCUGCAGAUACCUUUGUAGCGUACUCUAGCAUCGAGCUUAUUUACUCCUGAUAGAUGAACCCAAAGAAACCAUCAAAUUUAGCUCACAUCAUGUGCCGUGGUUCGCUG